GUGGUACAGUAGAUAUAACAGUGCAUGAAAUUUCCUCAAAUGGUAGUCUCAGAGAAAUCUACAAAGCUAGUGGCGGUGAUUGGGGUGGAACUAAAGUUGACCAAGCCUUUGAAAAUUUCUUAAUCGAAAUUACAGGAACCGAUGUCGUGAAGCAAUUUAAAGAAAGUGCAAUGGGCGACUAUCUUGAUCUUAUGAAAAGUUUCGAAAUAAAAAAGAGAUCUAAACCUCCUAGACAAGGCGUACAAAGAGUGAUGAUAAAGAUUCCAGCCACAUUAAGAACUAUGAUUAGAAUUGCCGAGACAAGAUACAGGGACGGUACAAGUACUGUUGGUGACAAGCUGAGAUUCAGUAUUGAGAUAAUGAAUUCGUUUUUCAAAGAAUCUAUGGAAAAAAUCGUUGGACACCUUAAAGAACUUUUUAUAAAACCAAAUGUUGACGCAUGCGAUGUCAUACUUAUGGUCGGUGGGUAUUCCGAAUCGUACCUUUUGCAAGAAAAGAUAAAAUCUAAUUUCCCAUCGAAGAAGGUUGUUACCCCCAAUGAGGCGGGUCUAGCUGUACUGAAGGGUGCUGUUAUGUUUGGCCACAAUCCGGCGCUUAUUGCCGAGAGGAAGAUGAAAUUUACGUAUGGAAACGAAACAUUCCCUGGAUUGUUUCAUGCCCAUGUUCGAGAGGGAGACACAGUCAAACUUGGCGAAGAGCAGCCAGAACAAAUUUUUCACCCAGUUUUUCCAUCCCAAACUAAAGCUGAAGUGAACAUCUUUUGCACUAAAGAUCGAAAUCCUGUUCGUGUGGCUGAUGAAGGCUGUAUCAAAUUGGGAACAGUAACCGUACCAAUGCCUGAUACGACAGGUGGCUGCAAUCGUAAAGUCGGUGUAAGUUUUCUUUUCGGGGGAACAGAAAUUGAAGUUAAGAAUGUUAGUGUAAUGUAG